AAUAAGGACUUUAUUUUCUGUGCCAGAUGUGGUCGAAGGAGGGGAGGGGGAUUGGCUUUCAGGGAAGUACAUUCACCAAAGGGAGCGGCUUUGCGUCAAGGACAAACACACACAACUGUCACACUAUAGCCGGGUCAGUCAUGAAACUGUUUUUCAAAGCCUCUCUGAUGCGCAGCAUGCCUCGGUAUGCUCUUCUAAUUGCCUUGGUGUCGAGCUGUUCAAAAUUGGCACAAAAUGAUUGUUUGCCGUUGCUUUCAAGGAGGAAGGGAGGGAGGGGAGACUGCGACAUGUACCCAAAAUCAUCCGCAACAAUGUUUUUGCCCCAUCAGGCAUUGGGAGCUUAACCCAGAAUUCCAAUGGGCAGCAGGGACUGUGGGAUAGCUACUCACAGUGCACCACUACGUGAGUCGAUGCUAGCCACGGUAUUGAGGACGCACUCCGCCGACCUAAUGCGCUUAGUGGGGACAUGCACAAUAGACUAUAUAAAAUCGGUUACUAAAAAUUGACUUCUAUAAAAUCGACCUAAUUUCGUAAUGUAGACAUGCCCUAACAUAGGCAUUGAGAGCAUAAAAGUUUACUCUAAAGAAAUCUACAAAUAACUCCAUUACUUUCUUGUUUCUGAAGAAGGCAUGAGUUCUCUUGGAUUCACCAAUUGUCAGAAAACAUUAUUUCAGACAAAGUUACUUACAGAAGCUGUCAUAAAACUAGAUAACUCUUGAACCCACUUUGAGUGCUUCUGGUUCCUAUUUCAAAGUAGAUGAAUGUUAAAAUUGACUAAAGCAAGUUUAGCUGUAUCCAUAGCUAUCUGUUAAAUGGAAAGUUGUUGAAGAAACAGGGCGUGCCUCUGCAAUGGCUCCUGCCUAUUCUCCUUUAUUUAAAGUUUUACUUCCAAUGUAGUUAAGUCCAUAACUAUAGUGUUCAAGACACUGAAGACAAAAAGUACUGGGUCAUAUUAGGGUCUGGCAGUGUUGUGCUGCUCUGAUAAUACAAAGGUGCUGUAAACCUGCCUUAACUGGCCAGUUAAACGGGGUUUAUGGCUUCAAAGCAGUUCAUUCUAUUUAGAGACUGUUUGGAUCCAACUUUGCUCUCACCGCAGUCAAUACGAGCUUUACCAUUGAUUUCGGCUGAUAAAAGUAGGCCCCUUAUGUACUGUAUACUUUUUGCCCCAAUGUUUUAUUGCUAGCGACAUUUUCAAGGAAACAGUAUACUUUAAGUGUUGAUAUGCUCUUGCUAUUUAAAAUCCCCACUCAGUGAAGUCAGCCAGUUGAUCUGCAAGAUUUACAUAGCCAUUUCCAUAGAAAUCUAUCGUGCCCUCAUAUACAGAGCUCCUGACUAGGAAUGGAGGAUAAACUGCUGAAGAGAUGAGGGCUGCCUGCAGAUUUCAUUUCCAUCUCCAUGUUCCUAUUGAAAAAUGGACGAAGCAGAACCAGAUAACGAUAAUCCUGAUAGGAUGCUAGUCCUCCCCUUCAUGUUUCCAUUUGUGAUGAUAACUCAACAAACCUUUGGAAGGUUUCCUCAAGGUGAUUUUCACAUAGUCAUUAUUACUGGGCUAUUUGGGUGGCUGAUAUCCUCUUUCCUUGGCGUCUGUAAGUUUCUUUUUCACAAGAAGAGCUUGGCUUGCACACCUGAUAAGAUAUGAGAGCUGUGCGUCUGAUGUUUUGAGCUGCUGCAAUAAGGAAACAUUGUAUGUAGCCCUAUUAAAAUACUUGCUUUCUGGCUGCUGCACUGUAUUCCAAGUGGACUGAAAAAAAGUUGGCUGCGUGGUUAAGGGCGUGUGGACGGGGGCAUCUUGGCAAGCAAUGCAGUCAGACCUUUGAGCUGAGUGGGGACAUAAACACUCCCUCUGCAAACACGGGACUCCAAAUCCCUUGCAACCUCGACGACGAGUUUCGUUUCUUUCCUCACAACUCCUUGUUGUCAAAAAUGCCGUCAUCACCUAAUGUGCAAACAGAUCGUUAUGGCCUCCCAGUCCCCCGCCCCCUUUUGUUUUGUGUGGUUUCCCAGCAGCAGCAAGAGGGCUCGGUUUCUCUGUAGUGGCUGCUCUGCAGAAGAACCUGCUGCCGCUGCUGGCUAGAAAACCUGGCCUUGCAGCUCAAGUGACAGCAGUGCGUGCGGUUUUCAGCUCCAGUCCAAGCCCUGGUGAUAGCUGGAGGGCUGGGCGGCUAACAAACCACCCGAUCGCUUUCGUUUCCCCGCGCGUUGCCUUAUCGGGUUUCCCUUUCCCCGCACCUGCCACGAGGGGGCGGCGGGUCCUUGGCGCUGGCUCGGUUUUGUUUCUCCGGGUAGCUGCGGCGGGAUGCUGCAUCCCAGCCGGCUGGCCCGGCUCACGCUGCUGCCCCGCUCGCUUUCCGCCAUGGCGGCGCCUCCCGCGGGCUGCUCCGGACAGGCCCGACCGUGCUUCGCUGUGGAGGGGCCCGGCUCGGACCUGGUCUGCUUCACCCUCAGCGAUAGCGAGGGCGCAAGCGGCAGCGGCCGCCCCGAGCCCCGCUGCUUUGUGCCCGCUCCGGGGAGGUGCUAUUCCCUCUGCGUCCCCGCCGCCCCUAGCGUCCCGGCGGCCAGGCUGCACCGGCGUUUGCAGCAGAGGCUGAGGCAGGGGCCGUUCGGGAGAUGCCGGGUCCUGGGGCUCCUCUGCUACGGGGCGCAGGCUGCGCUGGAGAAGGGCUUCCUCAUCCAGGACCCGCAGGGAGGCCCGGAGACCGAGCGCGCCCUGGAGGAACUGCUGCGGGGCCUGGGCGAGCUGCCGCCGCCGCUGGGCGUGUACGAGGCGGGCGAGCUGGGCGAGCUGUGGCAGUGCCUGUGGGCCCUGCGAGGGCCGGGCGGCAGAGAGCUGCUCCGCAGAGCCCGAGUGGUGGCCGUCGAGGAGCCGCCGCUGCACCCCGCAGUGCCCGGCCUUCGCCACGCCGCCGUGUUCCACUCCCUGGAGGCCGCCCGCAGCGUGGUGGAGCAGUGCACAUCGUUAAUCCCUGAAGCCACAGCUGUCCUUGACCUAGUGGAUAAAUGCCCCAAGCAUUCAAAAAAGGGAGAAUUUCCUGUCAUAGUUAUUGAAGGAUUAGAUGCAACAGGCAAAACAACUGUAACCCAGUCGGUUAAGGACUCACUGAAUGCACUUCUCUUAAGGUCACCCCCAGCUUGUAUCAGCCAAUGGCGGAAGACUUUUGAUGAUGAACCGACACUCAUCAGGAGGGCAUUUUAUGCUCUGGGCAACUACAUUGUUGCUUCAGAAAUCGCAAAAGCAUCCACCGAGUCACCUGUAGUUGUAGACAGGUAUUGGCACAGCACUGCUGCCUAUGCAAUUGCCACUGAAAUAAGUGGAAAAGUGCAAAAUCUUCCUCCAACUCACCAUGAGGUGUACCAGUGGCCUGAGGACCUGCUCAAACCCGAUCUUGUCCUGCUUUUGACAGUUAGUCCUGAGGAGCGGAUCCGGAGACUGCAGGGACGGGGGCUGGAGAAAACGGAGGAGGAAACUGAGCUAGAAGCUAACAGUUUGUUUCGCCAAAAAGUUGAAGAGUCAUACAAAAGGAUGGAGAACCCUGGAUGCCAAGAGGUUGAUGCCAGCCCCUCCAGAGAAGAGGUUCUGAGGACUGUUUUGCACCUAAUUAAAAAACACUGUGGUUCAUUAUAGCUGCUUUUGUGUGGCAGCAUUUACAGUGAGUUGCUUAUGUGUCCUCUAUUUUUCCUCCUUGGAAAUGCACUGCACUCAGCUCUUUUCCAUUCAAAUAAGCUGCUCCAGAAUUCUCAGACAGAAGAGUCUCCCCUUUCCUCUACCCAAUCUAAUCAGUGUUUUUAUACUAACUCUUUGCUGCCUAAUGUACUUUGUAUAUAGGGCAAAACACAACUCACAUGCUGUCCACCAUCCCUGAUGCAGCCACCAACAAAUCAUUAGUGACAGAUCAGGUAUAUGAGAUGGUAAUAGGAAUGUGCUGGCAUUUCUAACAAUGCCAUUGUAUUCCAUCACUGCAUAGAAAACCUGAUCCUGCAUUCCUUACAUACCCAAACUCCAACUGACUUCAGUGUGAGUUUUGGGUGUGUAAGGAAUGCAGAAUCAGGAGGAGAAUCUGAAACACAGUCUAGCAGUAUAGCCAUUAAAUGAUCCAACAUUCAGAAAACCUGGAAACCACAGUCCCAGUGUUGUUUACUAAAAUUGGCAUUUGGAUAUUAGAGUGACCAGCAUCCUGCAGAAGUGUGAAAUAAAUGAGGGCCUGAUUUUCCCAAGUGCUGAGUACCAAUAACUCCUGUUGAAGUCAAUGGACGCUAUGAGUGCUCAGGCUUCAGUACCAGGCUCUGAAAAAUCAGGCCCUGAGUAAAUAAAUACAAAUACGUCAAUACAAAAAAAGGAAAGAUCUGAAUUGCAGGUCAAACCAUUUGAAAGAGAGGCAGGUGGAAGGAGGGCAGAGUCUGCAUACUGGCACAUUAGAAACAGGGACCUGAGAGGAAAUCAAAAUAUAAAACAUUUUGUAAAUAAUAAAUAGAAUAUUUUUCUACACAGAUUUUUUCCCCCAACCUAUUUUUAAUGCAUUAAUGUUAUUUGCUCGCCUUUUGAUGGAAUUAAUGUAAAGCAGAAAGACAUGGAGAAUCUACUUGCAACAUUCAUUUGAGUCAGUUUUUUCAGCACUUUAUCUGUACUGAGGUUUCUAUUAAUAUGUUUUAUGCAGAGGCAGCUGGACACCAUCUCUACCCUGCAAAGACUUAUGCAUAGGCUCAACUUUAUACACAUGGGUACUCAUGUUGGGGCUACUCACCAGGCAUAAAGCCGAACAUGUGUGUAAGUCUUUGCAGGAUCAGGGCCUAACUGAAAUUCAAGAUGGAAACCUAAAUUAAAUGGCAUUUUAUUUCUAAUCUUGUUUAUAUUUAAGUUCCUUUAUUAAAUAAGCAUAAUUGCUCUAUAAAUAUCUCUUGUAAAUAAAUGUGUACAUGAGUGUGACUAAACAUGGUAUUACCCUCCAUCAGAGCAAAGCGUGUGUGCAAGGGAGAAAAGUGUAAUAGGAAGAAAACCAUCCAAACACAUUUUUAUUUAGUUAAUUUACAUUUUAUUUGGUUUACUUAUUAUUAAGUAAGUAGUGCCUGGUGGCCCUUUACACACACGUAGAAUAGGAACUCACAAUUAUGAUUAUACUGUACAUUUGUCUUAGGAGACAUCUGAAGCGUUCAGAUAAUCAGUUUUGGAUAAAGGAAUUUCGGAUGUGGAGAGCAUAACCAAAUUUGGAUAAUCAGAGGUUGGAUAACUGGGGUUUACUUGUCCUGUAACUUUCAGAGUCUUACCUCUUCCAACCCUAUUAAAUGCUCUGCCCAUGGAAUGCAAGUACUCCUUGGUCAGGCAGAGCUCCAGUAAAGCCAGGCUGUUUUUCUGCCUUUCCUGUAUGUAUUGAUAAGGAGGGUAAUGUAGCUAAUAAAAUCUGUUACACACACAAGCUAUAACACUUAUGGACUAUUCACAUUCCUUGGAGCUAAUAUACUUACGAUAUAUAGCGGGCAGUACAAUAAAACAAGAUUGCUCAA